GUUAAAUGCUACCGGAGAUGCUCUCGUCGCCAGAGAAAACAAGCGGAGAGUCAGAGACAUAAAUCCGACAAUCGGGGCCCAUCGCCUGUCGCGACAGUCAGCGGAUGUCAGGAUGGAUGCUGACGACUGCAAUGGCCGUUCCUAUGUGUCAGGCAGUGGAGACUCAUCGAUGGAGAGGGAGUUCACCGGAGGCUUGGGGGGCCCCAGCGUGAGCACUCCUAACAGCCGGCACACCUCGCCCAGCCGAUCCCUCAGUGCCAACUCCAUCAAGGUGGAGCUGUACAGCGACGAGGAGCCGGGCCACGGGGCGGGCCCGGAGGAGAGGGACGAGGGGUGGAAGGACGAGAGGGGGGACAGGGCGGAGGAGGGCAGCCCCGAGCUGGGGGGCGGGGGCGGGGGCUACGGGGAGCUGGCCAGCCCCGAGCCCCUCUCGCCGGGGGGCGUCCGCCUGCCCAACGGGAAGCUGAAGUGCGACGUGUGCGGCAUGAUCUGCAUCGGGCCCAACGUGCUGAUGGUGCACAAGCGCAGCCACACAGGGGAGAGGCCGUUCCAGUGUAACCAGUGCGGAGCCUCCUUCACCCAGAAGGGCAACCUGUUGCGUCACAUUAAACUGCACUCUGGGGAGAAGCCCUUCAAGUGCCCCUUCUGUAACUACGCCUGCCGACGGCGGGACGCCCUGACCGGACACCUCCGCACUCACUCUGUGUCCUCCCCCACCGUGGGGAAGCCGUAUAAAUGCAGUUACUGCGGCCGCAGCUACAAGCAGCAGAGCACACUGGAGGAGCACAGAGAGCGCUGCCACAGCUACCUGCAGAGCCUGGAUUCCCAGCCCACACACAGCACCCACAUGCAGGGUGAGGACCUGCGGGAUGUGGACUUCAUACCCGACUCCGUUCUCCAGCCUUCCUCCGACAAGAUGACCUUCAUCGACCGGCUGGCCAACAGCAUCACCAAGCGCAAGAGGUCCACGCCCCAGAAAUUUGUAGGAGAGAAGCACAUGCGGCUAAGCCUCAUCAACGCACCUUAUGAACUCAGCCCCGGCUUCGACAAGGAGGGAGACGUGAUUGGUCCGCAGCAUGGGGCGGCCAACCUGCCCAGCUUCUCAGCCGUCAGCGGGCCAUACCUGGGAGCGCCAGGAGGAGGUGGGGCCCCGGACCCCGUCCGGCCCCUGCGGCUCCCCCCGCCCCAUCCCGCCUGCCUGUCCGAGCUGACCCCCGUCAUCAGCUCCGUCUACACCCAGCUGGGGCCCCCGGGGCCGCGCAUGGACUGCACGGGGGCCGGGGGAGGGGGCGCGGCCCUCAGUCUGGGCGGGCGGGAGGCGGGGGAGGGCCACGAGGACCUCCCGCCCGGCCGCAGCCACGUCCCCUCCCCCAGCAACGGCUGCCAGGACUCCACGGACACGGAGAGCGUGGCGGAGGAGCAGUACCCCCCCGCUCCCCCGCCGCCCGCCGUCAACUCCAACCACCACGCCCCCCCGGCCCCGCCCCGCGCCCGAGACAGGCACAGCCCCGGUCACGCCAAAGAGAGGGACGCGGAGCGGGAGGAGGGCGGGCCGUCGCUCCCGCCCCACGCCCCGCCCCCCAGGCCUGCGCCCGCCUCCCCCGCCCCGCGGGACUCUCUGCGGGACGCUCUGCGGGUGGUGGACGGCGAGGGCCGGCCCGUGCGCUCGUUCCGCUGCGAGCACUGCCGCGUGCUCUUCCUGGACCACGUCAUGUUCACCAUCCACAUGGGCUGCCACGGCUUCCGCCAGCCCCUGGAGUGCAACAUCUGCGGCCACCGCAGCCAGGACCGCUACGAGUUCUCCUCCCACAUCGUCCGCGGCGAGCACAAGGUGGGCUGA